GACAUUCUACAGCGGCGAGUGUGGCUGCUGCAUGACUUGUGUCUUAUAUUCUCAAACCUGGCAGCCUUGCUUCCUGGAUUCUGGACUCUCAGGCAACAUGCAUAUUCAGAGGCAGCAAUCUUCCUGGCAAGUGGAGCAUCAAGUGGGAUAUACCACUCCUGUGAUGUUGGCCUCUGGUGUUUUCUCAAAUUCAAUGUCCUUCAAUUCCUAGACUUCUGGCUCUCAUUCAUGGCCAUCAUCACCACAUUCUUGUUCAUUCCAACCAUAGCCGACCCAGUCAGAGGAUCCAUUCGAGUCAUAGCAGUAAUUAUCACAGCCACACUGACUGUAAUCGGACCGACAAGAUCUGUCAACGUGGCUGCUACGUUUGCUCUAGGAGCACUCUGCCUUUUACUGGGAUGGCUGAUCCAGUACUUCACAGAUCACCACAGAGGAAGAAGACAAUUGCAGGAAUGGCCAAUCCAAGUAAUGAUUAAAAUAGUGAACAGAGGGUUGAGAUGGGAAUUUGUGGGGUUAGGUUUUGUAAUGUUGGUAUUGGCUGGUGGCAGUAUGAAAAUGGAGACUGCUCCAAGUUACUGGAUUUGGCAUAGCUUGUGGCAUCUUUGUAUAUAUGUCAGUGCUUUUUUCUUCCUUUGCUGCAAAUUGCAGACAACUUCUGAGGGUGAAAGUGUCCCCAGGGGGAACUGCAGCAGUUGUACAUGUAGUUCUAAUGCUCAAGUAUAGAGAUGAUAAAUUAGUGGAUUAAGAUUUCUUCACUUGUAGUUGUAAGUUUAUGUAUUUUCUAUAUACACCCACAAAGCUUGG